AUGACCGACAAAGACACAGCCUUUGAUGAUGCAGUAGAAGAAUGUGUCAUCAGUGAAGACUACAAAAUAUGGAAAAAGAACACCCUUUUUCUUUAUGAUUUGGUGAUGACCCAUGCUCUGGAAUGGCCUAGCCUAACUGCACAGUGGCUUCCAGAUGUAACCAGACCAGAAGGGAAAGACUUCGGCAUUCAUCGACUUGUCCUGGGAACACACACGUCAGAUGAACAAAACCAUCUUGUGAUAGCCAGUGUGCAGCUCCCUAACGAUGAUGCUCAGUUUGAUGCUUCACACUACGACAGUGAGAAAGGAGAAUUUGGAGGUUUUGGCUCAGUUAGUGAAAAAAUUGAAACAGAAAUCAAGAUCAACCAUGAAGGAGAAGUAAACCGGGUGCAUUAUAUGCCCCAGAACCCUUGCAUCAUUGCAAGAAAGACUUCAUCCAGUGAUGUUCUUGUUUUUUACUAUACAAAACAUCCUUCCAAACCAGACCCUUCUGGAGAGUGCAACCCAGACUUCUGUCUGCAUGGACAUCAGAAGGGAGGCUAUGGACUUUCUUGGAACCCAAAUCUCAGUGGACACUUACUUAGUGUUUCAGACGACCAUACCAUCUGCCUCUGGGACAUCAGUGUUGUCCCAAAGGAAGGAAAAGUGGUGGAUGCGAAGACCAUCUUUACAGGACAUACAGCAGUAGUAGAAGAUGUUUCUUGGCAUCUGCUCCAUGAGUCUCUGUUUGGGUCAGUUGCUGAUGAUCAGAAACUUAUGAUCUGGGAUACUCAUUCAAACAAUAGUUCCAAACCAAGCCACUCAGUUGAUGCUUACACUGCUGAAGUGAACAGCCUAUCUUUCAAUCCUUAUAGUGAGUUCAUUCUGGCCACAGGAUCAGCUGACAAGAUUGUUGCCUUGUGGGAUCUGAGAAAUCUGAAACUUAAGUUGCAUUCCUUUGAAUCACAUAAGGACGAAAUAUUAUUCCAGGUUCAGUGGUUGCCUCACAAUGAGACUAUUUUGGUUUCCAGUGGCACUGAUCGCAGACUGAAUGUCUGGAAUUUAAGUAAAAUUGGAGAGGAACAAUCCCCGGAAGAUGCAGAAGAUGGGCCACCAGAAUUGUUGUUUAUUCAUGGUGGUCACACUGCCAAGAUAUCUGAUUUCUCCUGGAAUCCCAAUGAACCUUGGGUGAUUUGUUCUGUAUCAGAAGACAAUAUCAUGCAAGUGUGGCAAAUGGCAGAGAACAUUUAUAAUGAUGAAGAUCCUGAAGGAAGUAUGGAUCCAGAAGGACAAACGUCCUAG